CCGCGCGCGCUGCGUUCCUCCCGCUGGCCCCGGCCGCGGUGCUCCCGAGUGCCCUCAGCGACGGCGCCAUGGAGCGGCCGGCACCCCUGGCCGUGCUGCCCUUCUCGGACCCCGCGCACGCGCUGAGCCUGCUGCGCGGCCUGAGCCAGCUCCGCGCCGAGCGCAAGUUCCUGGACGUGACGCUGGAGGCGGCGGGCGGGCGCGACUUCCCCGCGCACCGCGCCGUGCUGGCGGCCGCCAGCCCCUACUUCCGCGCCAUGUUCGCGGGGCAGCUGCGCGAGAGCCGCGCCGAGCGGGUGCGCCUGCACGGCGUGCCGCCCGACAUGCUGCAGCUGCUGCUCGACUUCAGCUACACGGGCCGCGUGGCGGUGAGCGGCGACAACGCCGAGCCGCUGCUGCGAGCCGCCGACCUGCUGCAGUUCCCGGCGGUGAAGGAGGCGUGCGGCGCCUUCCUGCAGCAGCAGCUCGACCUGGCCAACUGCCUGGACAUGCAGGACUUCGCCGAGGCCUUCAGCUGCGCGGGGCUGGCGAGCGCGGCGCAGCGCUUCAUCCUGCGCCACGUGGGCGAGCUGGGCCCGGAGCAGCUGGAGCGCCUGCCGCUGGCGCGCCUGCUGCGCUACCUGCGCGACGACGGGCUGUGCGUCCCCAAGGAGGAGGCCGCCUACCAGCUGGCGCUGCGCUGGGUGCGCGCGGACCCGCCGCGCCGCGCCGCGCACUGGCCGCAGCUGCUCGAGGCCGUGCGCCUGCCCUUCGUGCGCCGCUUCUACCUGCUGGCGCACGUCGAGGCCGAGCCGCUGGUGGCGCGCUGCCCGCCCUGCCUGCGCCUGCUGCGCGAGGCGCGCGACUUCCAGGCGGCGCGCUACGACCGCCACGACCGCGGGCCCUGCCCCCGCAUGCGCCCGCGCCCCUCCACCGGCCUCGCCGAGAUCCUCGUGCUCGUGGGCGGCUGCGACCAGGACUGCGACGAGUUGGUCACCGUCGACUGCUACAACCCGCAGACGGGCCAGUGGCGCUACUUGGCCGAGUUCCCCGACCACCUGGGCGGGGGCUACAGCAUCGUGGCGCUGGGCAACGACAUCUACGUGACGGGUGGGUCUGACGGCUCCCGGCUCUACGACUGCGUGUGGAGGUACAACUCCAGCGUGAACGAGUGGACGGAGGUGGCGCCCAUGCUGAAGGCCCGCGAGUACCACAGCUCAUCCGUGCUGGACGGGCUGCUGUACGUGGUGGCCGCGGACAGCACGGAGCGCUACGACCACACCACGGACUCCUGGGAGGCCCUGCAGCCCAUGACCUACCCCAUGGACAACUGCUCCACCACCGCGUGCCGUGGCCGCCUCUAUGCCAUCGGCUCCCUGGCCGGCAAGGAGACCAUGGUGAUGCAGUGUUACCACCCGGACACGGACCUGUGGUCGCUGGUGGACUGUGGCCAGCUCCCGCCCUGGUCCUUUGCCCCCAAGACGGUGACUCUGAACGGACUCAUGUACUUCAUCAGGGACGAUUCCGCAGAGGUGGACGUGUAUAACCCCACGAAGAAUGAAUGGGACAAGAUCCCAUCUAUGAAUCAGGUGCACGUCGGGGGCAGCCUGGCUGUCCUUGGAGGGAAGCUCUACGUCUCAGGCGGUUACGACAAUACGUUUGAACUCUCGGACGUGGUGGAGGCCUAUGACCCAGAGACUCGGGCCUGGAGUGUCGUGGGCCGGCUCCCAGAGCCCACCUUCUGGCACGGCAGCGUCAGCAUCUUCCGCCAGUUCAUGCCCCAGGUGCCCCCGGGUGGCCGUGGCUUUGAGCUGGACAGCGGCAGCAGUGACACAGAUGUGGCACGGCCCCGGCUGCCACAGAACCCCGACGAGCUGCACUAGCCCCGGCCCGGCCCGGGGAGGGCCUCGGCACAGGUACUAUGACACGGCUGCAUUGGGGGGCGGUGAGUCCCCACCUCUGCGCACCAGGACUGCGUGGGUUCAGCAGGUGCAGCCUGGGCUCGGGCUGUGGAGUGAGCUUCGGGAUCUGAUCCCGGAGACUUCCUGUGCUCGGAGAGCCUGAUGCGCAGCUUCUGCGACCACGACUAGUUGCCGAUGCCCCUCCCUCGGUCCAGGAAGAGCAGCCUCCUACGGGCAAAGGUCUCUGGCUGCAGCAGGGGACUCCUCCUGCUGCCCCUGCCCCCACCUCCCUGCUCCCCCCUCAGAGAGGAGGGCCACCUGUGGGGUACAAGUACUCCCCUGAGAGUCUGGGAGUGUCCAGGCCCGUCCUCCCUGGCCUGCAGGCUCUGCUGUCCUGGGAGCAUCGGGAACCAGGCUGGCGAUGGCCACAGCGGGGUCCUAGACACCGUAUCCAGUGCCACACAUCGCAGCAGGCCAGCUCCCCGGACAGAGGGCGUCUACCUGCCUGGCUCCAUCCCCCCGUGGGGGUGUCACAACAGAACACUCCUUACAGGGGUGUGUGAUCCCAGUGCCGCAGGCCAGUGGGACCGGGUCGGAGGGCGGCCUUGAAGAGGGGGCCCUCGAGGGAUGUGCCAGUGAACCUGGGCUGAGGCCAAGGCUGGGUGUCCUCAUCCGCCCACCCCUCCAGGUGGUAUGUCCACCUGACUUGGAGACCUCCAGGACCAUCUUCCUAGGUGUAUGCCGGAGAGGGCAAAAGCCCACAGGUGUCAGGUUGUAGCCUCUUACCGGGCGGCGCAGCCGGGCAGAUGGCUGCAGGUGCCCUCGCCCUCCCGUGGGAGCAGAGAAGCCCCUGGGCAGGGCAGCCACCAUGGUUGGCUGCAAGUUUUGAAACACAGUGUGGCCCUUCCUGAGAAGAAGGGGGUGGAGUUGGGGAGGGAGGCAGCAAGAAACAGUCUGGAUCGACUCUUUAACAUCUUCUGGAGCUGCUUCUGCAGGGCGGGGUGAUGCCCCCCACUCCUCCAGAGCCUGGGGCUUCUCCAGGAGAGUGAGGGGGCAGCUCUGGGGAGCUCCACAGCUCAGCGGCCCCGGUUUUCCUCUUGGGAGUGACUGGUCUUCUCUCAAGGUCCCCAAGUAACCUUCAGUUGGAUUUGUCUUGCUUCCAAAGAGGAGGAUGUUUGCAUCUCCCUCCUUAGAAACAUGGAAAGCACGUGUUGGUUGAGUUGCCGUUUCCAGUGAACGGAGUUGGAAAUGCGUUCAUAUUGGCACUGUCCCUUCCUAAGUGGCACUGAAACACUUUCAUUGGCCAGAGGGCAUGGGUGCUUCUGGGGAGGAAGCCCCAUGGCCUCAAGAGCUUUAGGCUGGGGUCCCCCCCCUCGUGCCCUGGUGGGGAGUCCUCACUAUCAGACCUGCGCCGGGACCCCCAGCUGGAGCGGCUCCAGCUCCCAGCCAGCCCCUCCCAGCCCCAUCGUGCCCCGCCUUGUCACCUCCGCACACCCACUGUGCCCAGAAGGCGGGGUCGUGGGCCUUCCUGGGACUCCCCCGCGCCGGGCAGGCCUGGCUGUGGGAUCCCUCGGGCCUGGGCUUCUUCGCGGCCCAGGUGUCGCCUUCACCCCUCCUGGUAGGAUUGUUGUUCUUCUCCCCCCGGCCCCCCCCAGGGGUGAUCUGGCUCCGCGCUGCCCAGGCUGGGGAUGCCUCUCCUCUGGCUCCAGUGCCUUCCCGGCAGGCCAACCCCUUGGAGGUCAUCUGUGCUCUGUAAAGCGUCUGUCCUUGGUUCCAGUGUGGGCAGAGGCUGCG